GUGAGCACCUCAGUCUUCAGGAAAGAUCGUUUCACGCCGGUCGAGUCCCGUGUACGUUACGCACAGUCACCUGCCAUUGCUCGGACGACAGGAAUAGAGACUCGUGCUUCCAUCAAUCGGUUCUUCGGAGACGAUCGCGAAAUGACGUUGCCCUCGCGGUAAGGAUUCGGUGAUCCACGAGACAGGGACCAGUGGAUUUAACCCUCUUCUCUACUGGAUCGGUAUCGCUGAUCGUUCGAGAUCGAAGUUGAAGAGAUCGGUUAAAAAGAAUAUGGAGAAGACAACUGUGUUUCUGUUAAUCCUCGGCCUGGCUGCCCAAGGAUGCUAUGGUGCCGGGUGCGGUUACCCCGGGGCACCGGCGCACAGCAGCGUCCGUUUCACGGGAACAGGUACCGAGGACGUCAUAGACGAGGAAGACGCCCUAUUGAAAGAUACCACGUUCCCCGAGGGCACGGUGGCCACUUACUCCUGCGAACGUGGCUUCGAACUCCUCGGUCCAGCCCGGAGACAGUGCCAGACCGAUGGUUCCUGGACUCCGGAAGGAGUUCCGUUCUGUGUUUUAAAUGUGGCUGGUGGAAAAGCUCCGAUGCAGUCCAGCAGCGCGGAAGGUGGAAUCCCUCAGCGCGCCGUCGACGGUAGCAGCGGGCAAAUUUAUACCCCCCAAACCUGCACCCUCACCAGGCCCGAACUCAGGCCCUGGUGGUACGUCAACUUGCUAGAACCGUAUAUGGUGCAACUCGUACGACUGGACUUCGGUAAACCGUGUUGUGGCGAGGGAACAGCAGGCACGAUCGUAGUGCGUGUGGGAAACAAUCGGCCGGACUUGGGAACGAAUCCAAUUUGCAAUCGUUUCACCGGUACGCUCGAAGAGGGACAGCCACUAUUCUUACCGUGCAAUCCUCCGAUGCCCGGAGCUUUCGUCUCCGUGCACUUGGAGGCAAACACGCCCGCCCCGAUCCCGGUACAACUCUCUCUCUGCGAAGCUUUCGUCUACACCGACCAGGCUCUCCCCAUCGAGAGGUGUCCGCAGUUCAGAGAUCAGCCCCCAGGCUCGACGGCCACUUACAACGGCAAAUGUUACAUAUUUUACAACAGGCAACCGAUGAUAUUCAGGGAGGCGUUGCAGUUCUGCAGAGCGCGCGGCGGUACUCUGGUGGAUGAGAGCAAUCCUGCGUUGCAAGGAUUCAUCUCAUGGGAACUGUGGAGGAGGCACAGGAGUGACACGUCCAGCCAGUACUGGAUGGGCGCCGUGAGGGAUCAGAAGGAUCGCACGGUGUGGAGAUGGACCGGAAGCGGGGAGGAGGUUUCCGUUUCGUUCUGGAGUCUGCCUCAGGGCACCGAGGAAGACUGCGCCCGGUACGACGGAAGCAGAGGCUGGCUCUGGUCCGACACACCUUGCACGGCUCGAUUGAAUUUCAUCUGUCAGCACCAACCGCGAGCGUGUGGUCGACCGGAACAGCCACCGAAUUCCACGAUGACGGUGACUACGUCGACGGAUCGGAAUUCCGGAAGCACGUACGAAGUCGGUGCCACGGUCGAGUACUCGUGCAACGCUGGUAGCCUCCUCAUCGGACCGUCCAGCCGCACUUGUCUCGACACCGGAUUUUACAACGAAUUCCCUCCCGUAUGCAAGAGUAUCGAGUGUGGCUACCCGGCGAACAUAAAAUACGGCGGCUAUACGCUUAUCAACAAUACCGUUAGUUAUCUGAGUCAGGUGCUAUACUCCUGCGACGAGGGAUACGAGAUGACCGGUCGUGCGAGACUGACCUGCGACAUCGACGAGCGGUGGAACGGUCCACCACCGCGUUGCGAACCCAUCCUCUGCGAUCCCCCGGCUCCGGUGCCUCACAGUCACAUUCAAAUCGACGAGAUCGACGAGACCGAGACGAUCUCGCCCAAAACGAACUUCAACAGAAGCCUUCUCGUCGGCAGUAUCGUUACUUACACCUGCGAGAGAGGAUACAGGCUCACUGGGUUCCGGCAGAUAUUGUGCCUGCCCACUGGCUUGUACGACCACGCUGCACCCACUUGUUCAGAGGAACCACGAACCACGACAACGGCUCCACCGCGAAUCACGGUGCGGCCGACGACUGCCAGAACCCGGUCAACGUUUUUACCGCCACGUGUGCGAACCACGACUGUUCUGACGACCACUUCGAGCACGACCACGACGAUACCGCCUCGAAGAGUGGCGAGCACGGCAGAGCAACCGGCGAUGGUGCGCGAAACGAUUGCCAGGAAGCCGAACGUGGGCCUGCAGAGACCGACCCCGGGCCCGGCUUUGAACGACGGGAGCAUCGAUCAUCCGCAGGACAACGAGAUCUCUGGAAGCGGGGUGGACAACGUUCAAGCCGGCGUCGGCGCGGGCGUCCCGGAACCCUCCGGACCGUACAGAGUGGACAACGCGGAGUCGAGUAACGCUCACCAAGCGAAAUUGAAUCUAGGCGCGGUGAUCGCGUUGGGCGUCUUCGGCGGUUUUGUAUUCCUCGCCGCUGUGAUCACCACGGUCGUGAUACUCAUACGCAGAAACCGCGGUAGAAGCAGCAAACACUAUCGGCACCGUGCAUCCCCCGAUUGCAACACCGUGGCAAGCUUCGGUAGCAGCUCGUCCGAGAGUCGGGGCGGUUUGAACCGAUACUACCGUCAGGCGUGGGAGAAUCUGCACGAGACCACCGGGCACAAGACCAAUCAUCCUCCCCUGAGACGCAAGGAGACCCUGGACGAGCCUGGGUACCGGGAAAAUUAUCGUGGCAGCGGGACCAACAACAACAACAACACCGAGAGGGACGGCUCGGAAUUGGUCGUGAGCGACGUGGCCACGUAUCCGUCGAACAAGCACGCGAGCAUAUCCGACAAGAAACGGCAUCAUCAUCACCACCAUCAUCAUCACGGCAACUCCACACCGGAGUGGAGGCAGUCCCAGACCCAUCACAGAUACUGAGAUCGCUCGCUCUUAUCUACGAUUCCCUCAAAGAUUCGUCUCCCUCAUUCUUCUGGUACACUCUCUCUGCUCGAGACGAACCGUUUGAAAUUUGAGUUAUCGUUCCGUUCACAGUAAAUUAUUAUUGCUUUGUCAAUGUAAAUACCGUAGCGUAAGAGAGAGGGAAGCUGCGAGACGUAGGAUCACGCUCGUUGAUCGAAGGACAUGCCAAAAAGAAAGGAAAUAAGAGAGUAAUAUAUUAUAAUAACGCGUAAUUACCGAUCAAACGAAUCUCUAAUAUAUAAUAUCUUCUGUCUCGUAAUUGUAAGUUAUCGCUAAGGAACGUUAGAUACGCGAUAGUAUUGUUUAACGGUAAAUUUUGUGAAAAUCAUACAACGGCUCGGCAAGAUCUGAAUCUGUUAUGGGCACCUUGGCCUCGCCUUAAGGGGAUCGAACGAAGCGUUCUCGUAGCCACAGCGACGCCGAUAUUAUUCGAACGAGGUAUCGUUAAGGGAAGGCCGACGUUAUCCAUUUCACGAUCAAAAUUCACGUAGUUACGGUGCUCGUUUCGAAGACAAUUUACUCAUAGACGUACGUACGGAUCGGAAUCUGCGCUCCGCAGAUUUAUUCACGGUCUUACUUACGAUACGUACUUACGAUACGUUUUAUACCUGAACAGAUCGCUCUCCGGCCUCGUCGGGGAUGAAAUAUAAUACGGCACGUACUCGUUCGUUGACUGACGUAAGAUAAUCAUAGGAAGUUCGUACAAUGUAUUUAUUUAAAUAUCACGAUUGUACCCAGCAAAUUGUAAUAGUGCCAUUAUGGGCAAACUCCUUGUUUUAAUUAUACAUAUAUCUACCGUAUAAGAGAGUAGCGAGUACUCCUACACAUUUUCAUAAUUUGUUUAGCUGAAUACAUAUAGUUUAUAGUCUUGAUAACGCACGAGAUGUUUAAGUUGAUUAAAAGGUCACGUCUAGCACAAUCACAUUUCGCAAGUUUGUAAAAAACGAAUUGAGAAGAGACCAUUAAAAUAAAUUCCACUCAUACAAGGCA